AUGAAUCUCGUGGCUGCCAUCUGUAGUGGGCUAGUUCUUCUGGUUACACUUCUGUACGGUGUUGUGCUCUUCUUUUCACAUUCUCCAAGGGAGCCGGUACAGUCCGAGCUGACCUACAUUACAACGUCAUCUGAUUAUGAGGUAGACCCGGAGCCUAAGGACCUUCCACCGAAGUCACAGGUCGAGCCUCUUGAUAACAUCAUACUGAGCGUUGUCAUACCGUGCUACAACGAGACCGAGCGGUUGGAGAAGAUGAUGGCGGAGGCCGUGGGGCAUUUACGGGAGAACUACUCCGACCAAUGGGAGAUUGUCAUUGUUGAUGACGGGUCUAGAGACGGCACUGCGUCGUUUGCGCUGGAAUUGGCCCAUUCCAAGUUCGAGUUACAGCCUGGUGAGUUAAGAGUGGUUCAGCUGGUUGCCAACAGAGGUAAAGGUGGCGCAGUGACCCAUGGAGUGCAACACACCAGGGGCCAGUACACCAUCUUCGCAGAUGCUGAUGGUGCCUCGAAGUUCAGCGAUGUCGAUAAGCUCAUUGAAUCCAUCAAGAAGCACGAGCAUAGCGGAGAAUCUCCCGCGAUGGCUAUAGGCUCCAGGGCCCAUAUGGUUGAUACAGAUGCCGUUGUUAAGAGAUCGUUCAUUAGAAACUUCCUCAUGUACUCACUGCACACUUUGGUGUUUGUCUUUGGUAUUAGACAUAUCAAGGAUACUCAGUGUGGAUUCAAGCUCUUCAACAGAAGUGCUAUAAGACAGAUCUUUCCCUAUAUGCACACCGAAAGAUGGAUCUUUGACGUUGAAAUCCUGAUCAUUGCAAUCAGAAAGAACAUCCCAAUUGAAGAGAUUCAUAUAUCAUGGCACGAAGUUGAUGGAUCUAAAGUGGACUUGGCUAGGGACUCCAUAAACAUGGCUAUUGACCUGGUUGUUACCAGAUUGGCAUACAUUUUGGGCAUAUACAAGGAUAAGGAUAUCUAG